AUGCAGAGGCUGUUAGCAGCGACGUCCCUCUCUUCUUCCUCUCCGUUCAGAGGACAGAGCCGGCGAGCUCGCUUCUUCUCGUCCCUCCUCUUCGACGACACCCAUCUCCAGUUCAAAGAGAGCGUAUCGCAAUUCGCAAGCGAACAUAUCGCCCCUCAUGCUGCGAAGAUUGACCACUCAAAUUCUUUCCCGAAGGAGGUGAACUUGUGGAAGCUCAUGGGAGACUUUAACCUCCAUGGGAUUACAGCGCCAGAGGAGUACGGGGGACUUGGUCUCGGGUAUUUGUAUCACUGUAUAGCCAUGGAAGAAAUUAGCCGUGCUUCGGGGUCGGUUGGCCUCUCCUAUGGAGCUCAUUCUAACUUGUGCAUUAAUCAAUUGGCGAGGAAUGGAAGUCCUGCUCAGAAACAGAAGUACCUGCCAAAGCUUAUCAGCGGUGAACAUGUUGGAGCUCUUGCAAUGAGUGAACCCAAUGCUGGCUCAGAUGUUGUCAGUAUGAAAUGCAAAGCUGAUCGUGUGGAUGGAGGCUAUAUUAUCAAUGGAAAUAAGAUGUGGUGCACAAAUGGUCCUGUUGCUCAGACGCUGGUUGUGUAUGCCAAAACAGACAUUGCAGCUGGAUCAAAAGGCAUUACAGCUUUUAUCAUCGAGAAGGGGAUGCCUGGGUUUAGCACAGCCCAGAAAUUGGACAAGCUUGGGAUGCGUGGAAGCGACACGUGUGAACUUGUAUUUGAGAAUUGCUUUGUUCCAGAAGAAAACAUUCUUGGGCAGGAAGGAAAAGGUGUAUAUGUUAUGAUGUCCGGUCUAGAUCUGGAGAGGCUUGUUUUGGCAGCAGGACCUCUAGGCAUAAUGCAGGCAUGUCUUGAUGUUGUUCUUCCUUAUGUCAGACAGCGAGAGCAGUUUGGCCGUCCAAUCGGGGAAUUUCAGUUUAUACAGGGAAAAAUGGCUGAUAUGUAUACUUCUUUGCAAUCUUCAAGGUCUUAUGUAUAUUCUGUGGCGACAAGCUGUGACAGUGGAAAAAUUGAUCCCAAGGAUUGUGCUGGAGUUAUACUUUGCGCUGCCGAAAGAGCCACACAAGUUGCUUUGCAGGCAAUACAAUGUCUAGGUGGUAAUGGGUAUGUAAAUGAGUACACGACUGGCCGUCUACUUCGAGAUGCCAAAUUGUAUGAGAUUGGCGCAGGGACUAGCGAGAUUAGAAGAAUAAUCAUUGGCCGCGAGCUCUUCAAGGAACAAUGAGGAAAAUGUUAUGUUCCGAUUUUUUUUCCCUGGGUUGGUGGAGGCUGGGGGAACGUUCUCCCCUCCCAUUUGAAGUUACACCUCUCUCUCAAAGGAAAAGCUUGCCUUGAUGUUUAUCAUCGUUGUGGACGGGCUUAUCGAUUGUUAAUAAAUGGUAUUUUUCAAGAAUAACAGUUGAUUCACCAA